AUGAAUUCAUUUGUCAUUCUUGCUAUUGUUUUAGCCAUCGUUAACGCCAUGCCAGUUGAACAAGACGGACUUACCGGAGGACGCGGAGUCCCACAUCCAAACUCUGCUGCUGGACAAGCUCUUUCCGGAAAGACCGGAGGAUCUUCCGUUCCACAUCCAAAUUCUGCUGCUGGACAAGCCCUUUCCGGAGGAAUGACCGGAGGAUCUGCUGUUCCACAUCCAAACUCUGCCGCUGGACAGGAACUUACCAACAAAAAUCUUGAGGAGAAAAGCGUCUUGGAAGGGGGAACCCAGGUCAAGCCAUGGCUCAAGAACCAACCAGACCUUGCCAACAUCCGCGAGCAAAACCACCAGUAAAUAAUUUGUUCAAUGAACAUUGUAAAAUUGUUAAAUGUAUAUCCUAAUUGUAUUUUCAUUAUUGACACGGACAUUAUGUAUCAAUAAAUAUUUUCAAAGCAAU